AUGACAGGUGUGCAGUACCUGGACAUGCUGCAUCAGCUCACUAGUUUCUGGCCACAGGAUAAGAAUAUACUGGCUGGGACUAGUCCUUUUCCAUUGACGACUAUUCGAGAGUAUUUGGAGAUAUUGCAUCCUGACAUCGAUGGCGAUACACCGAAUUAUCAUGUUCACCGGUAUACGAGGUUGCUACUACUUCUUAUGUUUGGAGGGGUGUUGUUCCCGAACACUUCGGUGAACCUAGUCAUCUUGAUAUUUUUUCAUCAUCUUGAGCGACUAGAUGAUUUACCCCAGUAUAGCUGGGGUGUUGCUGUUCUCGCCUACUUGUACAUGCAGAUGUGUCGGGAGAGCAUAGGAACCCAGCGUGACAUUGCUGGAUUGUUGUCGCCACUACAUGUUUGGGCCAGGGAGCGGUUCUUGCAAAUGCAGCCACCUCUACCACCAUUAUCUCCGGAUGUACCACCUCCGUUUCUCCCUCUAGCUAGGAGGUGGGUUCUCCAGCGAGGAUAUACGCGUGAGUACGAGGCUCGGCAUAAUCUCUCCUUGUGCAGGGAUAUCUUGGAUUUGCUGGAGGGCGCACAGACCCCAAAGUAUAAGAUGAAACAGCCCAAUUGGGCCAUUUGGCAAGGGCUGGCCCAGCCAUGA